CUGACAGCACGAUCACUGCCUUCCAUACAGUCUGAUGAGAGACUACAGCCUCUGCUUAGUCAUCUCAGCCAUUCUUACGUGGGCCCAGAUUACAGCGUGCAAAAGAACGCUGGAAGACUUUCUCUAGAACAGAUCGAUACUCUUUCUGUGAAAUCAUUCCCUCUUUGCAUGCGCCAGUUGCACAAAGCCCUGCGUGAUAACCAUCAUCUCCGUCACGGAGGCCGUAUGCAAUACGGACUGUUCUUAAAAGGCAUCGGCUUGACUCUGGAACAGGCACUGGAAUUUUGGAAAAAAGAAUUUAUCAGAGGAAAAGUGGAUGCAGACAAGUUUGACAAAGGAUAUGCUUAUAGCAUUCGCCACAGCUAUGGGAAAGAAGGAAAGAGAACUGAUUAUACCCCAUACAGCUGCAUGAAGAUUAUUAUGUCAAAUCCACCAAGUCAAGGGGAUUAUCAUGGGUGCCCAUUCCGCCACAGUGAUCCUGAGCUAUUGAAGCAGAAGCUGCAGUCGUACAAGAUCUCUCCCAGUGGAAUAACUCAGAUCCUGGAACUGGUGAAGGGCAUGCAUUACCAGCUGGCCUGUCAGAAGUACUUUGAGUUGACGCAUGAUGUUGAAGACAUUGGGUUUUCUUUGAAUCAUCCUAAUCAGUAUUUUACAGAGAGUCAAAGGCUAUUAAGUGGUGGUAGAGAAGUGAAGAGAGAACCAAGUAAUUCAGGAAACUCUCAACAAAAAAGUAACAGUCAGGAAAGUGUGACUUCAAAUUCUACUCCCGCCUCUUCAAAUACAGCUGCUGAUGCAGAACUGGAGGGACUGGAGGCAUACUUCACUGAAGACUAA